AUGACAGACCCCUUCGACGACGCCAACAUCUCUCGCAAGCCGACCGACUGGCCGCUUUCCAAGGCCGUAGUCCACGGCUCCUUCACCCCCGGCGACUACGUCGACUACUUCGACGACCCCUUUGCCGUGCUCGAGCAGCUCCAGAACCACUGGAGGAGCAAGGACCGCGAGACGGCGUGGUCGGCGGACAACCUCCCCGACGUCGACCUAGAAGAUGUGGACUGGCACACGUACGAGCCGCCUUCGCUGCUCAGGAAGACGCCCAACGUCACAUGCCAGAUACUGCUCGACAUUGUCGCGUCCUCCAUCGACGUCGUCAGGGAGCGCAACGCCAGCGAGGACCGCCAGAAGCAAGAGGACGAGGAGCAGCGCAAGGCCGCCGAGGAGGAAGCCGCCCGAGAGGCUCGAAACGGCAAGGACCCGGAGCCAUAUCUCCCCAUCAUCAUCCGCCCGGACAACCCAGAGCCCGAGUCGUCCGUCAUACACACGCGUUCAGCGGACUCUGCCAUCGGGAUCCCGCCGCCGCCGCUGCGAAGAGCCCCGUCGGUCGCGUCGGCCGCCUUUGCAGCCAAGGUCGAGAAGCGCCGCGGGUUUGCCCUGAAGCGGCUGUUCCACCGCCGGUCCGGAGAUGGGGAGAGCAGCGCGGCGGGCGGCGCUCGGGAGGCACUGCGGCAGCAGCUCGAGGCCACGCUCGGUAGCCUCGACGUUGCGUCCACCGAUUCGCACACGCAAAGGACACUGCAGAAGCUUCGCAAGUCUGGCUUUUACAAGGGCCCCGAGGUCAAUGUUGAAGUCGAAUGCGUUUCAUGCCUCGACGACGUACCUCAACGGGACUGCGUCAAGGUCACUUGCCACAGCUACUGCCGCGAGUGCUUCGUCCGUCUCAUCACAGCAGCCGUCCAGAACGAGCAACAGUGGCCGCCAAAGUGCUGCCUAAACGAGAUUCCGUUUCGCACGAUCCUCAAGAACAUCCCGGACGGCUUGAAGAAGACGUUUCAGGAGAGAGCGUCAGAAUGGGAGGUGCCCGUGAGCGAGCGCGUGUACUGCCACCGGCCAGACUGCGCACUCUGGAUACAGCCGCGCAAGAUCGUCAUGGCGAAGCGCCAGGGCCGUUGCGAGCGAGGACACCUAACUUGCACAAUCUGUCGGGGACAGCACCAUGGCUCGGGAGAGUGCCCGGAGGACCGCGACAUGGACUUGACCAACGUGCUGGCCGAGGAGGAGGGGUGGAAGCGGUGCUCGAGCUGCAACGCACUCGUAGAGCACAGGGAGGCGUGCCAGCACAUGACGUGUCGAUGCGGCCACCAGUUCUGCUACGUCUGCGGGCAGCGCUGGCGGACGUGCUCGUGCACCAUGGACCAGCUGUACGCGCUCAAGGGGGCUGCCCAGGAGCGCCGCGAGCACCGCAGGUUCAGGGAACAAACCGAGGCGGCGGAGCUGCGGCAGAUUCUCGCGCAGAUCGAGCUGUUCGAGCAGGAAGAGGCCAGGCGAGCCGAGCUAGAGAGGCUGGAGCAGGCGCGGCUGGCUGAGGAGCGCUGGCAGCGGCAAAUCAAGGAGCGCAUCCGCCAGGAGACGGUUCGUCGGAGGGAGGUCGAGCUCAAGUACGAAGAGCUGCGACACAAACUCGACGAACUUCACGAGCUUCAGCGAGUCAUGGCCGACACGCAGCAGGACGAGGACGCUCGAGACCUAGCCAAGGACAGCGAGACGAAGCAGGCGGAGCUCGACGCGCAGCAGCGAGCCCAGCGCACCAACCUCGACGAGCUAGUGGCAUCGCGCAUGGCAAGCAAGGAAAAGACCUUUGCGCGCGAGUACGCCCUGCGAGCGGCGCAGGAGCGCAAAGUGGAGGGCGAGUACGAGGAGCAGCUGCAGGCGUUCUGGAGCGGCAAGCCGGACGCAGCGGCCGAGGUCGAGGCAGGGAUGCGGCCGCUGCGACGGCGCAUGGACAAGGGCCUGCGGGUGUGGCAGCAAUGGCGGGACGACGAGCUGGCGCAGUACAAGACGCGGCUCCAGGACGAGCGGACGAUCCGCGAGGAGCUCAUGUACAGCGCGCGGCACCGGCUGGCGGCGCGGCUCGAGGACGCGGGGGACCAGGCGAGGCGGCGCGCGGCGGCGGAGCGCAAGUGGGUGCGCGAGGUGAUGCUGGAGCGGGAGCGGAUGCUGGGCGCGCGCGAGGUGGAGGAGAUGGAGGGCGAUGCGGAUAGCCUGUUUGCGAUGGACGAGGAGGCGACGCCCGAGGGCGGCGGCGGCGGCGGUGCUGCGGCGUCAGGGUCGGGAGCAAGAUGA